AUGGACUCCAUCAGAUGGGAAAUGUUUACUGUUUUUCGAGACUAUGCAUCUUUGGUUCCAGCUAGAUUCAUUCAGAUCCCUCCAAACGUCCCCUUCGCUGAAAUAAAUCGUUGCCUGGUAGAGCUUCUCAUUCUGAAUCCUCACUUUCAAAAAUACCCCCCUUCAAAACAAUAUCAGAGGUCCUUUUGGAAAAUAAUAAUAGGCCAAUUAGAAGACAUUCUUACUCGCCCGAGUGAAGAGGAUGAGGAGAUAGAUCCUCGUAUUUUGGAUCACUAUCUCUCGGUAUUUUCAUCAUCUGGACCUCUUCUUGGAACUUCCGCUCCUGGCUUGAGGGGCCAGAUCUGCGACCGAGGAUUACCAUUGGGAGAAGUUCCUUCGAAGUCGUUUGUGACCCACUUCUGGGAACCUAAAUCAAAUCAAUUGCAGGGAGAAUUUUACCCAAAGGUAAUUAAUCUUGCUAGUCAUCGAACUUUCACGCUCGAAGAGUCCCGGACAACCAUCGAAGGUGGAACCACGGGGUUUCGUACCUGGUUUGCCAGUCGCAUGUUAGCAAGUUACCUUAUCCAAAAUCCCGGCAUAAUUGAAGGCAAACGUGUUCUAGAAUUAGGAUCUGGGAUUGGUUUCCUGGGGAUAAUAGCAGCAAGCCUUCAACAAUUAUCGCCAAAGUACACGUCUUCUCUCUGGUUGACUGAUGUGAAUGAAGAGGUUUUGACCCAGUGUCGGCACAACAUCCAACUACCUUGCAAUGUUUCUUCCACCCACAAAUCUGUCCAGUUUCGGGUUCUAGAUUGGGAAGAAGCAUUACGGACAGAUCACGAACCGCUUGUAGCACUUCUUCGAGACGAAAUCAAUCCAGAUGUCAUCCUCGGUGCUGAUAUAGUUUUCGACCCUUCACUUGUACCACCUCUGAUUUCACUGAUCGCGCUUGCUCUCCAGCUUGGUUCUAAUAACGGCAUACAGAAAUCAGCAAUCAUCACCCUGACCAUCCGAAAUGCAGAAACAUUCCGAUUGUUCUUGAAUCAUGCUGAAGAGAAGGGUCUUUCAUUGCAGGACAUCAUGCUUCCACAGGCACAAGGGUUCGAAUUUAUUGAUGCAGUCGAAGCUACAGAUAACGACGUAAGAGCUCUACUAAUUACAUUGUGA